AUGCCCGAGAAGAACACCAUCACUCACGCGGUGAUGCUCGUCAUGUUUGCGGAGAAUGGAUUCGUGGAGGAGGCGGAGGAUGUCUUCCAGGAGAUUGUACACCGAAACACAAUCCUCUGGGGGGCGAUGCACUGCUGCUAUGCCCAAAAUGGGGAUUUGAUUCAAGCCAAGAAUGCAAAUAUUUGUGAGGCGAAGAAGACGUUUGAUAGAAUACCAACUUGGAAUUUGGUCUCCUGGAACACGAUGCUAGCAGCAUAUGCCAUGACCGGCCAUGCGUAUUCUGCGAUCCAGCUCUUUUGGGUGAUGUUUCUUCACGGCUUUGAUCCCGACAAGGCAGCGUUUCCCUCGUUUUGA